AUGUCAGAGAGCCAGUCAUCUGGAGUCGGAUCGCAGCGCCCUGAAGAGGAGGGAGUGGGAGAGGAGGAACAGGAGGUCCAACAGGAUGAAGAUCUGUUCUCAACUGGAUUCAACUUGUUUGGAGAACCAUAUAAAACUAAUAAAGGUGAUGCGUUGGCAAGCCGCGUCCAGAACACGCUGGGCUCCUAUGAAGAAAUGAAAGACCUGUUAACCAGCCAUUCUAACCAGAGCCACUUGGUGGGAAUCCCCAAAGGCAGCAACAACCUGCAGACCCCAACCACUUCAACAACAGAGAGACCCGCUAUGGAGUCCCAGCUUUUCAAUGAGGCCCUGAGAGGUGGAACAGGUGCAGGAGGAGGAGGAGGAGCAGAGGGAGGUGGGGACAAGAGAAUGGGAAAUGCAUCUUCCUCAUCGUCAACUUCGAUGCAACCUCCUGCUUCGACCACAUCGUCAUCAUGCACCACAACAAUCCCACAUCAGAAUUUGAAAAAGUCUCGAAGCUCCAUGGACUGGUCGAGGGCAGGCCACUCACAGAGUACCCAGGGAGCAAGCCUCGUUCUGGGGUCGGGACAGAACGGGCAGGGGCAGGUCCCAGCAGCUACGAGUGGAAGAGGAAAAAUGACUUUAUUAGAGGAACAGCAAAUGCAAAGGCACGAAGACCUGUUUAGCUCCCUUAAAGAUGAACUUGGUCUAAAAGGGGAUUCAAGCCCUUCGUCCUCUUCUUCAUCCUCCUCUUCCUCUUCUUCUGGGAGAAGACACUCUUCCCACCUCUCCAAAACCCUUCCUCUCCCAGAUGGUGGCAAUUUUCGAUCUUCCACCAUGGACGGUGGCCAUUUUAAGUCUUCCACUAACACAGAAAAUGGUGGACAUUUUAAAUCCUCCCCGUUUGAAAAUGAGACAGGUUCUCACCUCUCUACAUCCUCCUCCCCGUUGGCUUCCACAUCAGUUCUGACGACACCCACUCCCGGUUUAACCACUCCCACAUCUGGACUGACUACCCCCACCUUCCCACCUGGUAGCCUAUCAGGGAAGCCGAUCGCAGUCCAGCAGAAGCCCACAGCCUAUGUUCGACCAAUGGAUGGCCAGGACCAGGCGCCUAGUGACUCUCCCCAGCUUAAACCCCCUCUAGUGGCCACCGAGGGAUUCAACAACAGUCAAGCUUACGGUGGAAACUCUGGGAAUGCGAAGAAUAAACUGCCAAAACUGAGUCUCAGCCACGCAGGGGAGGUCAGCCUACCAAAUGACUCCAGCUGUGUUGAAGAGAUUUUGCGGGAGAUGACCCAUUCCUGGCCUCCUCCUCUUACAGCCAUACACACUCCUGGGAAGGCUGAUCAGACCAAGUUCCCCAUCCCAAAUAAGGAGUCACAGCAUGUGACCUCAGGCUACAACACCCAGAAGCGAUGUACUGUAUCCGCUAACAAGCCUGCUGCGAAACCACCAACUGCACCACAGAAGUCAAUGCUGGAGGAUGACCUGAAGAUCAGCAGCGACGAGGAAGAGGCCGAACAGCAGGUGUCUGACAAGCCCAAAGCCAGAGGCACAGCCUUGAGCGGAGCAUCAGGGAGCAGCAGUGAUUCAGAGAGCAGCUCAGAGUCGGACACAGACGAAUCAGAGAGCAGCUCCAGUGACAGCGAGUAUAAUCAGGCCUCCCGCACACACACUCCAGAGCCUGAGCCACCCUCUGCCAACAAGUGGCAGCUGGACAGCUGGUUGAAUAAGGUCCAAGCUCAAACCAAACCCCUUGUUCCCCCACAGCAAGAGCAUGGCACAGGCUCCAUCACCCAGGGUCCAGGGACUUUCUCUCCAGGGAGUGAAGCACCAGGAGUGGGUACGGCUGCUAAGACCAAGCCCUGCGUAUCCAACAGCACCCCUGCCCCAGCUGCACCAACAGUGGAACACAAGGACACAAGGGGAGCCUUCUGCCCAGGCAGAGAGAAGGCCAAGGCCAAGCUCAGCCAGAAGGCCUCAGGGGAGAGCCAGAGGUCAAAGAUGAGGUUGUCACCGGGGCUGUUGUCAGGGCCAGAGGUCACGACCCCGAGGAGGAACACCACGGGGAAGAAACAGCCCAGACGGACAGAGAGGUCAAACAGUGUGGAGGAUAAUCAGAACCAGACAUGGAGCAGAACAAACCAGCAUAGCCCCGCAGCUAGGGAGAAGGACCUGUUGCCUCCCCCCUCCCUGGAGCUUCAGAACCCCCUGAGGCCACGAAGCAAACCCCCCAGUGGGAAAACAGCCCCCAGGAAAGAACCUCGCAGUGCUACCAACUCAAACAACAACACAGUUACUCCACCAGCAGCGCUACAGCAAGCCCCCGUGCCAAUCCCUGCUGUAAGUGUAAACCAGGACAAGAGAAAACACAGAGGUCCAAGCAACAAAAUCACACCUAAGUCCAGAGAAUUCAUCGAAACCGAUUCCUCUUCCUCCUCCUCUGAAUGCCAGUCAGAUUCAGAGGAAGCCAUCAAAAUCCCCACUCUGCCACCUCAGACAACACGCUCCGCUAUUAACACACAGACUCUGUCCAACACACACAUGCACACGCCUCUUCUCCCAUGCCUCAGCUCUGCUGGGAGUGUGGGGACAUUUGGAGGGAAGGGACUCCGAGUCAAAGAUGGUAGCAAUGUGACCACUAAUGGUAGCAGCAGUAGUAAUAGUAGCAUCAGCAGUGGUAGUAAUGGCAGCAGUAGUAGCUGUAACUCUCUAAGCAUUAGCAACAUAAGUGGUUCAUUUGGCACUUCUGUUCCUGAUCCUGGAGGGUUAGGAGGUCAGUGCAAAGACCCAGAGUCCCUCUCACCACCUUCCAGCAUGGGUCACGAGGUGGCUCUGUCCCCCUUGCGGGAAUACCAAGAGAUCCAAAGUUUGUGGGUGAAAAUCGACCUGAGUUUGCUCAGCAGGGUGCCUGGCCAGGGUUUGGGGGAAAGAUCCAGAGUGGCAGAAAGGGACGGAAGUGAAGGGAGAGACAGAGAGAGACAGGGGGAGAGAGAGAGGAUAGUGGUGGCUGAGAGAGAAAGACAGAAGCAGGCCGAGAGAGAUUGGCCAGGGCUGAGAGAGAGGCAGAAGUUACCUAAAGGGGAGAAACAGGAAGAGGAAAAUGAGCGAUUAGUGCAGGACAGAGAGAGACAAGGUGACAGGGACAGAUUAACAGAGAGAGAGAGGCAGAUGGACAGAGAGGACAGAGAGAGAUUGGGGCUUGGGGAGAGGGAAAGGACGACGGGGAGGGACAGAGAGAAGGUGUGCCAAGGUCUGGGGGUCCUUGACAACCCCCCUGUGCAAGAGCAGAGUAAUCCCAGACUGGCAGGGAGGACGGAGAGAGGAGAGAGCGGAGGCAAACACAGGAGGCAGGCGGCUGGAAACAUGGUGGUCCCGACAGAGAAACACACCAGCAAGAGCAAGAGGAAACACAAGUCGGACCACAGUGAGUCAUCUGUCAAUGGCAAUAAAAAGCUGCGAUUGGACAAAGACUGUCAGCUCCUCCCACCCUGCAUCUCUCCAAUACACAACCACAAGAACAGCUCUACAGGGUAA